GAGGAGCUGCAGGAGGGGGCAGCAGCGGGGGCCGGCGCUGGAGUCAGGGAUUCGGGCUGCAGUUCCCACCUAGCGCUGGAUCCGCGGCCGGCCGGCGCACCCCGGCCUGCGCGCGCCGCUGCUCGGGGUCCCCUAGGCCGAGGCGCCGGCAGCUGCGCGAGGCAGGUGGGGUGGGCAGAGGGAGGUUCGCCGGGCGCGGGCGCCCUGUGCGCGGAGCAGGCGUGAGGCGGUCGGGGGCCGGGACGCCAUGUCCAUGGAGGACCCCUUCUUUGUGGUGAAAGGAGAGGUACAGAAGGCAGUCAACACCGCGCAGGGGUUGUUUCAGAGAUGGACGGAGCUCCUCCAGGACCCCUCCACAGCCACGAGGGAGGAAAUCGACUGGACCACCAAUGAGCUGAGAAACAACCUCCGGAGCAUAGAGUGGGAUCUAGAGGACCUUGAUGAAACCAUCAGCAUAGUUGAAGCAAAUCCUAGAAAAUUCAACCUGGAUGCAACCGAAUUGAGUAUAAGAAAAGCCUUCAUCACAAGUACUCGGCAAGUCGUCAGGGACAUGAAGGAUCAGAUGUCCACCUCAUCUGUGCAGGCAUUAGCUGAAAGGAAAAACAGACAGGCCCUGCUCGGAGACAGUGGCGGACAGAACUGGAGCACAGGAACGACAGAUAAAUACGGGCGCCUCGACCGGGAGCUCCAGCUGGCCAACUCCCACUUCAUCGAGGAGCAGCAGGCACAGCAGCAGCUGAUUGUAGAACAGCAGGAUGAGCAGUUGGAGCUGGUCUCUGGCAGCAUUGGGGUGCUGAAGAACAUGUCCCAGCGCAUCGGAGGGGAGCUGGAGGAGCAGGCAGUCAUGUUGGAUGAUUUCUCCCACGAGCUGGAGAGCACUCAGUCUCGACUGGACAACGUGAUGAAGAAACUCGCAAAAGUAUCUCACAUGACCAGUGAUCGGCGCCAGUGGUGUGCCAUCGCUGUCCUCUUCGUGGUCCUGCUGGUCGUGCUGAUCCUCUUCUUGGUGCUGUGACGGCGGGGCCUGGGGCCGCCGCCUCCUGCACGGGGACCUGGUGGAGAGGGAGCAGCAGCGCGCAUGGUGUGGCCGGCUCCUCGCGUCCCGCUCCUGGAAACACCGCCUGCGCUGACUUUUCUCUCUGUGACCCCACCAUCGAGACAGCGCCUCCGUCCCUGCGCCAAGAAGGCCGGUGGGGAGAGGAGGCCGAUGACUGCACACUCCUGGCGCCUCUGCCUUGUUCCGAGGGCCUCCGAGGAAUACAGAAAAACUCAGACUCGGCUCGUGUUGGCUAUUGCUCAUUCCAUCUGUCUUUGGCAGCUCUUUUCUCCCGCUCAGAUCCUUCGCCCCGUCAGAUGACAUGCGCUGUCCCGUCCAGAAGCGCCGGCUCCUGGGUAUGUUUUGUGUCCCGCCCCAGGAGCGCCCUUCACUCCUGAGAGCUGGUGGUUAAUGGGGACCCAGGGCUCAGAAGCACUUUGUGACAGAAGAUGCCGUGAUUGGCUUUUCAGGGAUAAGUGCUGGUGUGAAAGUGCUUUUACAGGCCCAUUUUUUGGUGGGAGGAAUAACUAAUGAAAAAGAAUGAAAAGCAAAAAAAAAAAAAGAAUGAAAAGCACUGGGUUUCGGGGGAUGCUGGCAACUUGUGGCUUGAAUGGGGAGGACAGGGCAGCGGGGCACAGCUGUGGGAGGGUGAGCUGAGUGCCGGGGUCGGGGCCUUGGUGGAUUCACGCCACUGUCCUAUAGCCUCCUCCCUAGAGGUGCAACUUGCAUUUUCAGGGUGACCUUUACGUGAGCAGCUCAGUGGCUCAUGAGUGUCUGAGAUCCCAAAGUAGCGUCACUGGCAGUAAUUUUAUUCUGGUAGCACCCUGCCUUGGGGGCUGCGGGUGGUCAGUACAUUUAUUAUAUUUACUCAGAAACUGGAAUGUCAAAAGAAGGCUAGUUCUGGUCCGGAUUUUUCUUACCUUGUGAGUAACUACAAGGAUGGGUAGGUGAACUGGGUUCUUUUCUUCCCCUAAGAUGAUAACUCGAUUAUGUCAUCCAUUCAGAUAACUGAGCCAAUCCAAAUUUAAAUGACAGAUGCUGUAUGAGACACUGUACACUGCUAGCUUCUGAUGGCUUGUAAGAGGCCUCCCGUGUACACAUGUAUAGAGGAUAUUUUUAUAACCUCCCUGAUGAAAACCUGAUACUGAAGUAGCAGCUGAAGCCAGAGCCAGCGCCUGGCGGGGAGGCUGCCGGUCUCUGCCUCACCUCCCUCUUUCGCACUUGGAAAGCACAGCAGUGUCUGGGUAGACGUCUCGCUCUGGCUUUUGUCUCAUCUUUUGGGGUCCAUUCCUCAGCACGCUUUUUUUUCUUGUUUUGUUUAUAGCUCUUGUUUUUCGGUUUGUGUUGGGCUUUUGUCCCCCCCCCCACCUUUUUUUGUGUAUGAUUUGCAAUGAUAUGCUUGCCCAGCUAACCUCUGAAUUGCACUUUUUAAUAAAUAUUUUUAACAAUUUUUUUAAAGAAAGGUAUUUUCUCACGUUUAGGAUCAUGUUAAGGAAAUCUGCCUGUUGAGAGCUAAAAGCAGAUUCAUAAAACUAAAAGGGUGAUUGACAUCCACAUUUACACUCAAUUCUCUAUUUGAUAUAGAAAUAAGUUAUUAUUUUUCAAAUUAGAAAAAAAGUGAUUAUGACAAAGGGCUUCAGAUGUAGGGUACUAGAUUAUUUGUUUUACAAAGUUUUGAGACUUAUUAAAAUAGCCUUUUAUAAACAGGACAGGGCUGGUCCUUAGAUUUGCAUUAAAAUAUACACGUCUUUGUUAACCAUCCACGUGGCCCUUGUCACAGUACUGUGACCCCCACUCUCCAUGUUACACAAAGCAGCUGACGUCUUGAUGAAGUCCAGUCUCGCCCUAUUUAAACGCUGUUCUAUUCUCUGGGUGGUAGGUUUACUGUGCCCCUCGAAACCGUCACUUGUCGGCAGGGCCUGUUGGGAACAUGCCUGGUCAUUAGUAGGAUUCUCCCCAGACUUUAGGGACCAAGUUUUGUGAUGCUAGGGUGAUGUGAUAUGAGGGUUAAUUACUAAAUGGGGAUAUUUGGAGUUAGCCUGCUCACUGAUUCAUGGUGUUUGCUAAACAGUGGUUAUUGUAGACCAGACUGGACUGAAGCUAAGGAGCAAGCUAGUUAGAAGGAGAAAGUUUACUUAAAAUCCAGGCACUGCUCCAUUCUCUCUGUAGGCCCACUGCUUUUCUAGCCUCCAAAGAGUUAUUUGAUAAGCUGCCUCUUAAACUGUUACCAGAGCCGCUCUGUCCCAGGUGUCACUUCUGGUCCAGGCUGGCUUGAUCAUGGGUCUGACUCCAUUGUACCUGGACUGGGCAGUCACUAUAGACCAGUGUUCAUUUGAAGGCUCCCCUCUCAGACUCCAGCCCGUGGCAGAGAGCAUGCCAAGGGCUUAGGUUUAUUUUUAAGGACAAAUGUUUCCUCAUCAGUGAUCCUACUGCUACUGGUCCUUUGCACGCGGUCCCUUAACCCUGAGGGGUGGCACAGGGGGAGGCGGGGAGGCCAGCAGAGCCCCGCUGGGCUCAGAAGCACUUCCCGUAGCUGCAGGUUUCCCUUCAGCCUCUGCACCUCCUGCCGCGCUCCUCGUCGCUAAAGGACUGGCAGGAUGCGAUGGGUAACAGAAAGAGCUCGAUUUCUGUUUAUUGGAAGAACAGUUUACUCAUCAGCUGAUUUUAGGGGGUGAACGGGGGAGUGAACUGUUGAAUUUGCCAGAGUGGGAAUCCAGCUGGAAAAGCAAAAUACCUUUAGUUUUUAGUCCUGAUUUUUGAUCUUGUCUUUGUGUGAGCAGUGAAAAAUCACAAUGCUCUCCGUGUGCCACUGCCAUGUGGCAAUUGGAAGUUGCAGCGUGUGUGUGACAGGAGGGUCUUCCCGCCAGAGCCGGGGAGAAACUUGGUAACUUGCCCAUUAUUCUCUGCUUUUAGCCAGAGUUAAACAGACUGAUGGGUCUGGUAGCCAACAACUUGGCAGCUUCCGUUCCUUCUCACCUCGUGAGAUUAAGGGCUGCGAAGAGAAAUGUAGUCUUAACAGAGACAGAUUUCUGCUGGAGUUAAGUGUUUUACCUUCUGUAAGUGAAGGUGGCGGAGCCAAGAUUUUUCUUUUGGUAAUUUCCCUGACUGUCAAGUGAGACCGUUACCACCUUUCUAGAGAAUUCGUAGCAUUUGAAGAUCUAAAACCAAGUGAUAAAUAUGAGUUGCUUUUCCACCCUGGAAUUUGGACCAUUUGGCGUUACCUUAUACUGCAGGACAAAUUUGUAAACAAAACAGAAUUCGGAUUGUCUGGAAAGCGAAAGUUCCAAAAUACAGAACGCCCUACCGCCAGCCCUCCCUCUUUGUCUUCCUCUGGCUGGCAUUUCUUUCCCUCCUGGGUUUUUUAAGAAUAAUUUUUUUAAAAAAGAAUAUUCUUUGUCCAUGAAGUGCAGAGAGGUGAGGCCAGAGGGCCCAUGGUCACGUUGCGCUGUCCUGACCACGGAGGCAGCGCCCGGGGAAGGCCCUUGGAGGCCUCCUUUCUGUCCUGUCCAGAUGCCCAUCCCCAGCUCCCAGCCCUCACACGCUUAUGCUGGAAAUGAGGAGCCCCAGUUCUUGCAGGGCCCCUGCCAGCCAGUCGUAUGAAACGUGGGUGCUGCCCCUGAUCAGUCAUGCUCACAGGGAAACUGCUGUAUUGGUGUUGCAAGAGAGUCCUGAGUAGAGAGAACUGCCAUUCAGCCCAGAAGCGACUGGAACAGCCCUGCUGUGAGCCUGGGGGCGAGGCCUGGGACUGAAGCUCCAAGCUGAUGGACUUCUGGGGUUCACGUCCCUAAUGGUAGACUCAGAAGGACUUGGGGUCCCUCAGCUCAGCCCUCUUGUUUUAGGGAUGAAACCCGGCUCCCCCAGCUGGCGGGGGAGUCCCUUGGUGCACUGCGUCCUGGACUCGGCCCCGGGAGCCCACAUUCGGUGGGACCAGCUGACCUCAGUGACCUCCCGUGAGGUAGCUGACGGGAACUCGUGCUCCCCCCUCAGCCCCGACACCGAAGCUCUGAAAGUUACAGUGGCGCUCUGGUCGUGUUGCUGCCGCCUCUGUGCAUCUGCGAGUUCCUAUCAUAUGAUGAGAUAGUCUCUACUAGUGUAGACACGUGGGGAGGUGAGGAAGAAAGAAAAAGAACUUGGUUUCCCUCUGACGUAAGCUAACGUGUUGGUGCUGUUUUCCUUCGGACACGACCUUUGUCCAGAAACGCCCUCCCUGGGGCCGUGCAGGUGGGACUGGCUUACACAGUGAUCGUCCCAGUCUCCUGCCCUGUUGCUUGGUUUCACAUGAACAUUUAAUGGACCUGGUUUACCAGCUGCAGCCAGACCCUUGUGAGAAAGUGUAUUUUACCCUUUUUGUUUUUUUUAAGGUUAUGAGUUACCAAACCGAGAAGCCACUUGAUUAUCUUGGGGUGGGGGGUGGGGGGGUUAGAAGCGAGACCACCCAGCUUUGUUAUUCGCUGACCAGAGCUCUCUGGCUUGUUCCCUGGCGGCAGCCCAGAGCUCCGCUCCAGCCUGGCUUUCUGUCAGCCCCGGGGUGGGAGCACGUCCAGGGUGGUUCUUCCCUGCUCUGCAGAAAGUAGACUUCGGCUGUGACCCUGCAGUUAGACCCUCCUAGUUCUGGGAGAGGCAGCUGUCCUGAUCCUCAGGCCAGAAAAGGAAAAUAGUGUGUCUCUGCCCUGCUGUCUAUGGGGGCGAGGAGAGGCCAGGCAGGUGUCCCACGAAGAGGUUAUUGGAACUGUUUGUGAGCACCAUGCGACGUCGUCCUGACUGACCCAGGCUGGGAGAAUGCCCAGGGUGGGGUGGGGGGCCUGAAAACCAGGAAAGGGCCAAAGAAAGCAAGCUGCAAACGAUGAUGAAUUCAGUUUUUGCAAGUGGAAAUAUGCUUUCACUGGCUCAUUUGUAAUCAGAAAUUAGUGUAAUUAAAAAAACACAAUGUGUAGUAUGUGGCAGUACUCAGCAGGAUGAAACCAUUGUAUUUUUCUUCCAAGGAUAAUUAAAAAAUAAAACGCUGGAAGGUUAUUUAACUAGAAUGUACAAACUGAAGAGGUGAGAUCAGAGAUUAGAAAUGCAAAUGCCACAGUGAGUUCCAGAUGGUGCUUCUCCCCCCGCCCCCCCAGCCUCCUCCCACCCACGAGAACAGGCCAGAGCCCUAGGCCAGGAGUUUACAGCCCUCCCCAGAGGCAGAGAGAUCUUGCUUCCUCUAUGAAGGGGGCCUCCCUCCCAGUGUGGUGUGUGACCAGCAGUGGUAGCAUCCUCUGGGAACUUGCUAGAAACACACAUUCUCAGCCCACCCGCCCCCAGACCUGCCAAAUCAGACUAGGGUGAGGCCAGCGCGCUGUGUUUUACAAGCCCUCCAGGGGAGUCUGAGGGCCGCUCGCAUUGGAAACCUACUGCCCCCGCAUUGUGGACUUACUUAGGCUCCAGCAGACCACCUCUGUAAAACCAUUUUCAUGGCCUUGACUGUAAUCCUGACAUUAAAAUUUGAUGACACUAUAAACUUGAAAACUUUUAAAGAUACUUGUAUUUCAAGAAGCCUCAACUAACCCUUGUUAAAAGUGGUAUUUUUACACCCUGAAGUCUAUCAGUAAUGUUUCUUCUACUCUUGAAAUCAUGUUACAGCUGUAUAAAGAAUACUGUUCAGUAUUAAAGAGAAAUGGAGGGACCAUGAA